CGAGUGCUGAUCCCAUAGCGGCCACAGGAAACAAAGCCGAAACGAAUAUAGCAGCAGCCCAGGAUAAGAUUCAAAAUAUCUUGACGACUGUGCAGCUCGCAGGCUGCGGCAAUGGCGGCGACACUGCAGUUCAUCAGCCUGCUCGGCACCUCCUCCGCCCAUCCAGCCCCUUCCUGCAGCAGCAGCAACGAGAAGCAGCACCGCUCUGUCCACCUGCCGCAGCAGCAGCAGGGGAGGAGGAAGAGCGGGAGGAGGCUCCGCGCCGUCCGCGCCGUCGAGACGGGCGCCGAGCCUGCCACCGCCGACUCUGAGACGACGGUGGAGCCGCCGUCCGUCGACUUUGCGUUCGUCAGCCCUCGGUUGCUGCCGGACGGGACGCCGGACGUGCACUACCGGACGGCGUGCGGCGGGCAGAAGCUCAGGGACAUCAUGCUCCAAGGUUACAUCGACCUCUACGGGCCUUACGAUAAAUUGCUGCUCAACUGCUCGGGAGGCGGCGAGUGCGGGACUUGCAUCGUGGAGGUAGUUGAAGGCGGCGAAAUGCUUUCUCCGAAAAACGAAGUAGAAAAGGAAAAGCUCAAAAGGAAACCCAAGUCAUGGAGGCUGGCGUGCCAGGCCACGGUUGGCAACCCAGAUUCAACAGGACAGAUGGUCAUACAACAGCUACCAGAGUGGAAGGUACACAAGUGGGACAAGUGACUGGCGUAUAACAUUAUGAUGAUUAUGCAGUAGACCUCAUGAGUCAUGACCCUGGAAGUAUUAAGGCAGGAGCAACACUUGGUCAAGAGAAGAAGAACUAGAGGCUGUCUGCUUGAAACCUCAGCGAGGACUAUAUGUAAAGGCCGACACAGAGACAUGUGAAGGCGUCCCAUAGAACUAGAAGCACAGGCGCACUUCCUUGCGCUCGCAAACAAAUACGUAGUGCAAAAUAAUCCAAAGUGCUCCAAUGCUCAAAUAUAAAACAAUCGGUUCAUUUUUCUCA